AUGUCCCAAGAAAAGGUAAAAGUUAUUAUCGCCGGAGCUGGAAUUGCUGGCCUCUCCGUAGCUGUCGCAUUAAGACGUCUCCCGUAUAUUGAUGUUGAGUUGUUUGAACAAGCGACCGAGCUUCGAGAAAUCGGUGCCAGCAUUGCGAUAAGUCCCAAUGGCCUUCGCUCACUUGAAAAGCUCGGUGUACUGAAUGCCCUCGACGAAGACGUUGCUUUUCGUGGCCCUUCUGGUAUUCCCAUGAUUUACAGACAUUGGAAGACAAACAAGGUUAUACACCAGGACUAUUUCGUUGAUGUUACCGUCCGUCACCACGAAACAGCAAGAUUCCACCGCGGACAUCUGCAUGCAGCACUACUAGAACAUGUCCCCUCGGAGCGUAUUCAUCUAGGCAAAACGGUGGUUUCUGCGGAUGCACCGAAUGACAAAGUAACACUACACUUUGCCGACGGAACAUCUGCACAUGGAGAUAUUUUGGUCGGCGCGGACGGAAUCCAUUCGGUUGAGACAGUGGGGACCAAAGGAGAACUUUUUCGCGUCUCGACUUGCUUCGACUUACCAGUUGAGACGGAUGGCAGGAUUAGGAAUGUAAAAUGGGAUGACGAGGAAAAUGUUGAAGUACUACGACAGCGCUACAAGAUAGCUGCUGACGAGCCAUUUCUGGCUACACAGGACUGGAAUCCGGUGGUCAAAGCCUUGGUGAACUCAACACCCUAUACGCGCAUUUAUCCGAACUACGCUGGCGAGCCUCUCCCCACCUGGGUAUUUGACUCAAGAGUGACCUUGGUGGGUGACGCAGCGCAUACCCACGGUGGUGCCUUUGCUGCUGGAGGUUCUCUCGCCAUUGACGACGCAUAUGCAUUGUUUCUUGCCUUUCGACAUGCCCUGGGGUCUUCUAGAGCACAGAAGCCAAAGGCAUAUGAGGUCAGAGCUGCGCUCGCAUUGUGUUGGGGGCCAGGCAACGAACACAGACUCCGACGAGGUGUUAGUAGAAAGAGUUCGGAACAAGCCAAACACAACAUGGCUUUCAGAGCACGAUGUGGAGAAAGCAUUUCAAAGCGUCUUACAAAAGAGAUCUGUAACCGGAGAAAACUUGGUAGAGCAGGCUACAAGUAA